CUUCCCACUCCAAGUACACGGACAUAUUUCCUUGCUUUUAUCCCCCCAAUCCCUAUUUGAUUUAUUUAAAUCUUCUGAUAACAUCUCUUUGACUAAUACAGUUUCUGAUCUCCCUCUCCCUCCUUCUCUCUUUCAUUCAUUCCCUGACAUUUAUAUGUGUGUUUGAUUUUACAACUAAUGAUGUAUAAGCGUCCCAGAAAGCAAGCCAAAACCAGAAGUACAAACUCUGAAGAAGUGAGCAGCAUCGAAUGGGAAUUCGUCAAGAUGACAGAACAAGAAGAAGAUCUUAUAUACAGAAUGUAUAGGCUGGUUGGAGACAAGUGGGAUUUGAUAGCGGGACGAAUUCCGGGGCGUAAACCAGAAGAAAUAGAGAGGUUUUGGAUAAUGAGACAUGGUGAAGUUUUUGCAGAGAGAAGAAAAGAAAAUGAGGGCAACAAGUACUCCUGAUUUCUCAUGUUGGGUUUGCCAGAUUUGAUUUGUUUUCAUGCUUUGAAAUUGUUGUGGUGUACAAAAUCACUUGCUAUUUCUAUAUGAUCACUUUGUUUUGUAGACAAUAUUGAGUCAAGUUUUCAUCAACAACUUGAUUAGUACACUGUUGCAAAACACACUCAAACUCUGGAAUUAAUGGCACAUUUAUUUCUAGCAAA